AUGAAACCGUUGAGACUUUUCUGUUUGCUGUCUAUUCUACUUGGUGCACGCGUCGAGGCUGCAGAAAUAAACAGAACAUCAGCAAAAUCUUUCCAAAAUCAAGGCACGAUAAGAACUCAAUUCGAGUUCACCAAUUUCGAACUCAAGCUGAAAGAGAGGCCUGAAAUUUGUGCCCUUCUUUACAUCAAUGCAUCAAUUUUCGGAAUCGAGAGAUCGAUUCUCUUCAAUUGUGAGAAUCUCGCACGUCAUGGAGAACUUUUUAUUCGAUUUGAUAAUGAAGUCUCGAAGUGGAUUUAUGAGCAACUUGUGCAAAAGAAUGAAACAACGCUGAGAAUCGAAAUGAAAAGUACGAUCCAAUACUAUGCAUAUGGGAAUGGAUCUGAUGAAUCGUUGCCGAGUCUUUCCUUUCAAAUGGCAAAAGAAGCGGGAAAAUUUGAUGAGAAAGUCUCAUACACUCAAGAAGAGAGCAAUAAACAUGUAAUAGUGAAACAACUGACGGUGAUUCAAUCGUGUGCUGAGGGAUAUUAUGGACUUCUCUGUCAAAAGAAUUGCCCGAGUAAUUGCAACGGGAAAUGUGAUGCGACUGGUAACUGCCCCGGUGGAUUAAAGAAUGCUUUUGAACAUUGCAUUUCUUCACCCUGGGUCUGGAUUUUCCUCGUACUCUUCAUCAUUGUUCUCAUCAUUCUCAUCGUCUUGGUUUUUCUAAAUUAUGUCAAAGAACGCCGCAAGAAGCAACAACAGAUCGGUCGAUUCAUUGUCACCCAGCCACAUGCAUUCUCCUAUGAACAAAAAGUGACCGACACGGAGACCGAUCAAAUCCCGAUACCACAAAGUCACAUCUCUUUGGCUGAGAAUCGUCGUCGUCAGGCGGAUCCAAUCGAGCGUCGCACCUCACCAGACAGUGUUUUUUAUACGAGAGAUCCUCGUGACCAUCGCAAUGCGACAUCAACUACAACGGAUGGAGAUUUCUUCACCAUCAUUGCCACUGAAUGUAUUGAUGGACGGACUGUGAAUGGUACGGAUAUUGAUGGAAAUCCCACGUAUGAUCUUUGUGAUGUCAUAGAAAAAAUCCAGAGUCAAUUCUGGCAAAUCAUUGCAAUCAGUGCAGCCAUUUUGAUCAUUUUGGUGAUCAUGGUGCUGGGAAUCGUUUUUUAUCGCAAUGUACAAUCGGGAAUUUGGAUGCCCCCGUACAAGCCGAGCAAUGGAGAGGAAAAUGAUGGAUUCGAUAGCUUUCCCCCGUCAAGUGAUCCGAACUUUAAUUACGUCCAAUCCUCCUAUCCCACUUCGAUGUCAACUUUCUCACCGACAAAGAAACCAAUGGCUCACCCUAUUCCACAGGAAUCGAUCGAUUCAUUUGAUACGAUUUAUGAAGGAGGAGAUAUGGGAGAAAUUGAGAAAGAAGACAAGAAAGAA